AUGACAACAGACUCGGCAAGUCUGAAAUCCUCAGAGGGAGCGUGUAGCUCGAUUGGGGAUGAGCGAGAAAAAGCGAAAAUUGUACAAAAGUUGGUGGAGAUCAAAGACAAGCUCAGAGCAUUGAACGAGAAACGAGAAGCCGACGUGGAGAAGUUCCUCACAGUCACGAAACAGUCGGAAAUGUCACGCGGCAUCGGACCAGACAACCCGCAAAGAGCUCGUAUCAGAAACAACUUUGAGAGACAAAACAAAAAACAUACACAGGAAACAGAGACACUUCAGAAGAAGCUGAUUGACUACGAGGAGCGCCUGAGGCAGGUCGACGCCGGAGAGUAUGAGCCAAGUCCGUCGAAAUCGCGUGUGUUUCCGGUCGGAAUAAGAAAAGCAAAGGGAAUGACCGAAACCAUGGUAAAUGCCCCAAUUGAGUUGGCUCAACGUGUCAAGUCGGCUUUCUCGGCAGACAAUGUGAGCAGUACUCAUAAUGGAAAUGUUGGAGUUGGAAAGACCGGACAAUCCACGUUCUUCACCACUGCACGCAAAAGUGCCGACGCUGAGGAUGCCGAACAUAAAGAAAAGAAGAAUCGCGAGUCUGUGCGUGGAAGUUCCACGUUGCCGCCAAAUCUUACGCUUAGCACUUUGGAGCCCGUUAGCACCUUCAAGAUUGAGGAGCAUAGCUCACCAGACUCACGUCCCGAUAGUGUUGCAGAUGAGACUUCCAACUUGCCUUACCACACUUGCGACAACAGUCUCUACUUCAACUCUAGCAAUGCUAACUCGAACAAUCACGGACCGACGAACGGCGAUGAUGGCUUCAGUGCCAUUCACGAUCAUCUCAACGGAAUUCUGAAUCACUUGCUCAUGAUUGAUAGAAAAUAUGACAGACUUGAGGACGAGAUCAAAAAGGAAAUCCGUUUCUACGCUGAAGCUUUGGAAGAGGAGCGUUUCAAGACGACGAAGCUCGAGGAAUUGCUCAAUGAGGCUGUCGAAUUGCAGCAAGCUGAGAUUGCUGCGCUAAAGGAGCAGAACUUGAUGGCGACACGUGUCGACUAUCAGCACAAUGAUCGCUUCCGGACUGUUGAGGAGAAUAUGGAGUCUUUGCAGAAUCACAUGGUCAGAAUCGAGAACGCAUUGGUGGAUGUCCGACAAGUGAAGCUUACAAGCAAUGUCUGGCAACGCGUGGCUCUCACAGCUGGUAACAUUGUCGUCGAGCUCCUCAAAAUUGCUCUCUUCGUUGUCGCCUCGAUUCUCGACCUCGUUCGCCCAUUGACCGGAUCCCGUAACCGUUCCGCCAUGGCUUUUGGACUACUUUUCUUGGCCAUCUUCUUUGGUCAUCACCUUCAAAAAGUGACCCUUCUCUUCGGAAGCUCAUCAGAUGCCAAUUCAACCGGUCCCAAGUAA